GUAAUAUAACGGCGAAUACGACGUCUCUCCUCUCCCCCAGAUUCGAGUUGGAAUCCAAGAAGAAAUGUGAGGAAUUAGGGGAAGCUGGAAGAAAACUGUCCCUCGCAGGAUUCCUAAACGUUUUCGGUAGCUUUUUUAACUUGAAAGCUAUGAAAAAACUCGAUGGUAGAGAGAGUGUCUGGUAGCGUUUAGCUUAGCCCGAACAUGACGGCGGAGGGGGCUGAAGCUGCGCCGCGGACAGAGAGCUCCUCGUGUCCGGGGAAGGAGCGCCAGACUCCGGCGUCGGUGGAAGGAGGAGCCGGUCGUUCCCGAAGGAGCUGGGCGCUUUCCACGCUGCUUAUAGUCGUUGCUGUUCCCAUUGUCGGUGUGGGCAUCAGAUACUACCAAGAUACUUUGAUUUGGAGGCGGCAUGAAGCUGGACUGAAGACCCUGGGACCAGAGGGACUCUUCUUGUUCUCGUCUCUGGACGUAGACCAUGACCUGUACCUCAGCCCUGAGGAGUUCAAACCCAUUGCAGAAAAACUCACAGGUAUUUCCCCACCUGCAGAGUUUGAGGAAGAGUUCCUCCAUGACCCGAACGGAGAGACUCUCACCCUUAAUGCCAAAAUGCAGCCAUUGCUGCUGGAGACCAUGACCAAGAGCAAGGAUGGCUUCCUAGGGGUGUCCCAUAGUUCCCUGAGUGGGCUGCGUUCAUGGAAGAGCCCUGCUACUCCGUCCUCCACUUUCUCUGCAGCUCAGUUCCGGGCGUUUCUGCCUCCGAAGGGUAAAGGGGAGCUGGGAGACACAUGGUGGAUCAUACCCAGCGAACUCAACAUCUUCACCGGCUACCUGCCCAACAACCGCUACCACCCUCCAACCCCCCGCGGCAAAGAGGUUCUGAUCCAUAACCUGCUCAGUAUGUUUCAUCCUCGGCCCUUUGUCAAAUCCCGCUUUGCUCCUCAGGGAGUCGUGGCCUGCGUACGAGCCGUCAGCGACUUCUACUACGACAUUGUGUUCAGGAUACAUGCCGAGUUCCAGCUGAAUGAGGUGCCAAAUUUCCCGUUCUGGUUCACUCCUGGCCAGUUUGCUGGUCACAUCGUCCUCUCCAAAGAUGCCUCUCAUGUCCGGGAUUUCCAUCUCUAUGUACCUAAUGACAAAUCUCUGAAUGUUGAUAUGGAGUGGCUGUAUGGUGCCAGCGAGAGCAGCAGCAUGGAAGUGGACAUUGGCUACCUGCCACAGAUGGAGUUGCGAACGGCCGGUCCGUCCACACCCUCUGUGAUCUAUGACGAGCAGGGGAACGUGAUUGACAGCCGGGGGGAGGGAGGAGAGCCCAUUCAGUUUGUUUUCGAGGAGAUCCACUGGAGCUCCGAGAUCAGCCGAGAGGAGGCGGCCGGUCGCCUGGAGGUCACCUUCUAUCCUUUCAAAAAGGUUCCUUACCUGCCUUUCACAGAAGCCUUCAGCAGGGCAGAAGCAGAGGGGAAACUGGUACACUCCAUCCUCCUCUGGGGCGCCCUGGAUGAUCAGUCCUGCUGAGGUUCGGGGCGAACUCUCCGGGAGACAGUCCUGGAAAGUUCGCCCGUCCUAGCCUUGCUCAACCAGAGCUUCAUCAGUAGCUGGUCUCUAGUUAAAGAGCUGGAGGACCUGCAGGCUGAUGAGCAGAAUCUGGUAUUGAGUCAAAAGGCACGUUUACACCUGGAGAAGUACAGCUUCCCAGUGGAAAUGAUGGUGGCAUUGCCUAACGGCACAGUGGUCCACCACAUCAACGCUAACAACUUCCUGGACCAGACGUCCAUGAAACCAGAGGAGAGUCCGUCCUUCAGUUUCUCGGGCGGGUUUGAGGACCCCUCCACCUCCACUUACAUCCGCUUCCUACAGGAGGGACUGGACAAGGCCAAACCUUACCUGCAGUCAUAAAGAACUGGCCCUCUGUGAGAGAGAGAGAGUGUGUGUGUGUGUGUGUGUGUGUGUGUGUGUGUGUGUGAGACCGAACACAGUGGGCUCACUCAGUCUCUCUAGUAGAGAUCACCUUAUGCUGGACUGAAUUCUGGAACAUUCUCUCGUGGUAUAGAAAGCAGCUGCUGACUCCAGAUUCUUCUACCUGUCCACAUUCCACAUUUCUAGUAAAACACAGUAAUGGAACACUUUUUUAGUACCUUAGGGUUAGUGCCCUAUUUAAGGGAAAUUCCACCAUUUUUCAAAUUUCUGUAUAAUUCAGUGGUUGAGAUGUAAAGUCAUUCAGAGUGGGUUGAUGUGAAAUGGGGCUCUGUGGAGGAACUUACCAGCUGAGAUUUCUCUACAGUGGUGGUGAUGAGAACCAGGGGUCACAAUGUCUACAACACACACAUAGCCAGUUUAUUUACUAUCCAAAACCACCAGUGAACCUACAUGUUUUGAGUUUCUAUGCUUAAAAAAUAAGUUUUCUUUGGGCACUAUUUUGCCUCACAGCACCCUGCAUGUACCCCUCCAUCCUUCCUGAAACUUUAAAGAGCAAAGCCUUCUCAAAACUGUCAGGCUUUUAGAGGCAUUAAACUCUUCAGCUGUCUGGUUCCUAUCACCACCACUGUGAACAAUUCUGACUUUAGUUUCUCUGGAAUGGAGCAUUUCACAUCAAUCCACUCUGAAUGAUUAAGUUUGAAAUUUGUAACAAUUGAACAAUGGAAAAAAACAAAGGAAUUCUCCUUUAAGUCUCUGAAUGCAGUCUUUGACGUUUUAUACUGGACAAAAGAAGCUUAUCAGUGUAGUGCUCUGUAGUAUUUGCCAACACUGUAGUUCCGAACAUGCUGGAGGACUUAUUUAUAGAGAUAAAACCUCUUUACCUUUACAGACGCGUUUAGCAAGACAUGUUUUUCUGCUUUAGUUCAGACUU